AUGCGCUGUGGUAUAGACGCUUUCCUUGCGCAGCACCGACACAUUCAGAAACUGUUGUUCCCAGCGUUGCUCUUAGCCUUUUUUCCUGCAUCUAAGGGUACCACUAGCACGAGCUCAACAGUACUCUACUUCUGUCUUGGAGGGGUGAACGCAGGAUCGUCUUGCUACGGUCUUACUGACCUCACGUCCUGCGGCAUCGACGGUGUCUGCGUGUCGUCGAGGUACAAGGAUGUGUGCGGGAAUGGUUUUCGGCUUCAGAACGAGCAAUGUGAUGAUGGAAACACCAUCAACGGAGAUGGUUGCUCGAGCAACUGUACAGUGGAGGUGGGUUGGCAGUGUGUAGGAGGGAGCAGUACAUCGGCAGACGUCUGUACCGUCCUGUGCGGUGACGGGAUCCGACUGUUCAGCGGCUGUUGCCAGACUUCAGGAUGCUCACAGGAAUGUUUUCCAGGAGGCUGUGAUGAUGGCAACACGAUCGACGGGGAUGGCUGCUCCUCCGAUUGCUCUACAGAGACGGGAUACACGUGCUGGGGUGGAAAUAUCGACACCAUGUCGACUUGCCUGUGCACGAGGACGCGGGUGUCGGCAGGGACCGAUCAUACAUGCGCCAUCAGCUCAGCGUCAAGGCUCGAAUGCUGGGGCAACAGCGAGAACAAUAAGACGCUCACAAACUUCUUUGGAGUCACCGCGCCCAUCCUCUGGCCCAAGGGAUCGUGGACAGCGCAGGACGUGUGGGUCAGCGUGGGAGUGGGAAACCAGCACAACUGUGCGAUAGGAUACAAUGGCAACAUGAUCUGCUGGGGUUGGCAAGGACCCACUGCUCUCGGAGACGGAAGGCUGCAGAUGCCCUCCCCUCCUGACUGGGAGAGGUUGAGCCAGGGAGGGUUCAAGUGGGCCCAGGUGGGUGUGGGGAGCGGCUUUUCUUGUGCCCUUCUCAACGAGGAUCGCUACCUGUACGCUCCAGUGUGCGGGCCAGGGCAGCAGCCAGGGACAGGAUGCAACUUGCAGUAUCUGUGUGGGGGACAGUGCAGAGCAGUCAACGACUGGUCGACUAAGUGGCUCGAGCGGCAUCCUUGCUUCUACUCAUACGUUACUCAGUGCGACGUGCCGUCUAACAGGACGAUCGUGUGCUGGGGCAGCAACUUCUACAAGGAGAUCGAGAUGCCCGUUUUCGACUACUGGACUGACGUGGCUGUGGGUCAGACCCAUGCCUGUGGCAUCUUUCACAACGGCUCUGCGGUGUGCUGGGGGAACAAUGACGUUGGGCAGGCUACCGUGCCAGCCAUCUCCAGAACUUGGAUCCAGCUCGCUGCAGGGGGCUCGCACACGUGUGGGAUCGACAGCGAUCGUUACUUGUACUGCUGGGGAAGAGGACAUGAGGGACAGACUAAGAUCCCGUGCUCCAAUUCCUGGCUCCGCGUGUCUGCUGGAUGGGUGCAUACUUGUGGCAUCCACUCAGACCUGUCCAUGGACUGUUGGGGCUCGAACAACUAUGGUCAACUAAAUGUUCCUCACCAGCCUGGAACAUGCGUUGAUGCAGCAGGGAAGUCGACAGGAGUGCCUUGCAAAUCUAGCGCAGACUGUGCCACCGGCCUUUGCUCGGGCCCUCGAAAGUAUGACUGGGUUCAGGUGUCUGCUGGAAGACAGAACACGUGUGCUGUCGACAAGUCGAACGCGGUCUACUGCUGGGGAUCCAACAGCUUCGGUCAGACGUUUGCUCCAGGCUCGCAGCUGCAUCAGACAGGGGUCGGAAGUCACAACCAACCCAUCUAUCUCUCCGAGGGGUUCUUGACAGCCCAAUGCAGCUGA